UCUCCUCGCGGUCACUGUCCCUCGGUGUCGGGGUCACCGUCUCUCCAUGCAGGGCUGAAGGAGCUGGAGUGGUGCCUGUUUGCUGAGACGCUGGCAGUGGUGGCCGUGGGGGCCUCACCAAGGGACAAGGCAGAGGGCCAGUGGUGGAUGGCAGCCCAGUGGGCACCCUACCAGCGGGAAGGUGAGCCGAUGCAGAGCUGCGUCCUGGUGCAAACCAGGUUCCGAGGCAAGCGGGAUGGUGUGCCUGCCUCCAGCACUCUCAAAGCCUAUGUGACCUGGCAGCUGGAGACCCUGGAGCAGGAGGAGCAGGAGUGCCUGGAGCUCAGACCAUACCCCACAGAGAAGACGACCCACAUUGUGAGCCACGAGCAUGGGAUGACUGUCACGAAGACCCUGCAGGAGGGAGAGGCAGAGCCAGAGUGCCAGAGCUUCCACUACAGCCAGGCCAAGCUGCGGGGGCUGCUGCUGGAGGGUGCCAGCCUCCUGCUGCUGAGGGUGCUGGCACGCCGGCAGACAAUGCCCCCAGACCUUGUCUUCCCAGCCAUCAACACCGAGGGUGACCUCUGCACCUGCAGCUAUUCUGCCCUGGGCAUCCAGCGGCAGGCAGUGGGCUCGGCAGAGACGGAGGUGUUUGUGAUCGAGCGAGCCGUGCACACCAGCACAGGCGCCUCCACUGUCUGGCACAGCAGCUUCCUCCCCAAUGGGCAUUUGGCUCAGCUGAUGCAGAUUGGCUCCCCGGUGCUAAUGCUUCUACAGGAUGAGUCCAUCCUCAUCAGUUCAGGUAGGUUUGAGCCCCAGCUCCCCUUCCCCAAAGAGCCCCGGGACUGGGAGGAGGACAUCCAGCUCUGCUCCUGCUUCCUGGACAGGAAGGAGGAGCUGCAACUAUCCCAUGCUGCCUACCUCCAGCAGCACCCCGAGGUCCGGGCACUGCUGUCUGACUUCCUACGGGCAUUGCUCCUCCAGCAGCCACAGGACCCCAUCUCCUUUGCUGCAGAAUUCUUUGCCUACCAGCGGCCCACUGGGACCCCCUUUUCCUCCACUGGGGCUACCAGCCCCCUCCCCAACUCCCCACCUGGCCACCCUCCAGCUGACAGCAAAUAAAGCAGCCAGCACUGCC